GGGGGGGGGGAAAGAGAGGGGCGUUUUUAUCUCACGGUCUCGCCGGUCCCAAUUCUGAAUAUAUAAUUGCUGCUUCUCUGCCCCUCUUUGACCGGCCCCUCUUUCUUCUCAUCAGUCCUGGUAUCCAAAGACCGUUUUCUGCCAUCCUUCCAGAAAUCAUCCCCUCACAAACAGUCACCAUGGCUCCCAAGAUCGCUAUCGUCUUCUACUCGAUGUACGGCCACAUCCAGCAGCUGGCCGAGGCCGAGAAGAAGGGUAUUGAGGCUGCUGGCGGUUCCGCCGACAUCUACCAGGUCGCUGAGACUCUUCCCGAAGAGGUCCUGGCUAAGAUGCACGCUCCUCCCAAGUCCAGCUACCCCGUCGUUGAGCCCAAGACUCUGCUCGAGUACGAUGCUGUUCUCUUCGGUAUCCCCACCCGUUACGGUAACUUCCCUGCCCAGUGGAAGGCUUUCUGGGACCAGACCGGUGGAAUCUGGGCUACCGGUGGCUACUGGGGCAAGUACGCCGGUCUCUUCAUCUCCACCGGUACCCAGGGUGGCGGUCAGGAGUCCACUGCGCUUGCUUCCAUGAGCACCCUCGCCCACCACGGUUUCGUCUACGUUCCUCUCGGCUACAAGACCGUCUUCGGCCAGCUGGCCAACCUCAACGAGGUUCACGGUGGCAGCCCCUGGGGUGCCGGUACCUUCGCUGGUGCCGACGGUUCCCGCCAGCCUUCCGCUCUCGAGCUCGAGAUCGCCGAGGCUCAGGGCAAGGCCUUCUACGAGCACGUCUCCAAGCACACCUUCGCUUGACUACAUGGUAGCGAGCAGACCCAGUCGGAGUCGCCUGCCGCGGCCCAGCCGCAGCAGAAGGCCGAGACGGAGAAGCCCGCGCCGAAACCUGCACAAAACGGACAAAGCACCCAGGCCGCGACCCGGGAGGAGAAGAGCAAUGAGGGACCUUGUGGCCUGCCCAAGAAGUGUGUCAUCCAGUAGAAAACUGAAUUGCUUAAUAUCCUAUCCGGUUCUCUGCUCUGUAACUGGGCUUGCUUUUGUUUCUGUUUCGGUUGGUAUGGCGUUGGGUGAUAAAGGGAGGGAAUUUCAAGUACAUAAUUCACAUGAUACACCAGACUUCAGUCUAAAUAGAGAAUGAAUGAUAAU